AUGGUAGGCGACAAGGCCGCCGUCGCCUCUGGCGCUGACGUAGGCGAAGGGCUGCGAAAGCGUCCCGUGAAUAGCAGCCCUCCAGCUCGCCUUGUACCUCAGCCCGCCGACUACACGAAGCGGGCGGCUAGAAAGACGGAAAAGAACCUUGUUGAAGCUUUUGCAGAGUGGGAGCACAUCAUUGCUCCACUCAUCUUCACGGCCCUCGCCUUCUUCACGCGACUGUGGAAGAUUGGUCUGAGCGACAUUGUUACCUGGGAUGAGGCCCACUUUGGCAAAUUUGGCAGCUAUUACAUCAAGCACGAAUACUAUUUUGAUGUCCACCCACCUCUUGGAAAGAUGCUUGUUGGAUUGUCUGGUUUUCUUGGCGGAUACAAUGGGUCUUUUGAGUUCAAAUCUGGCGAAAAGUACCCUGAGGAAGUCAACUACACUUUCAUGCGAGCCUUCAACGCCUUGUUUGGCAUCGUCUGCAUUCCCAUGACCUAUUACACCGCCCGCGAGCUCAACCUCCGCCGAUCUGCCGUCUGGCUUGUUACGCUGAUGGUCCUUUGCGAGAACUCAUUCACCACGAUUAGCCGUUUUAUCCUCCUCGAUUCGAUGCUGCUUUGCGGUACUGUCGCUACUACCCUUUGCUGGGCCAAGUUCCACAAUCAACGCCACAACAGUUUUGAGCCUGAAUGGUUCUUCUGGCUCUUCAUGACUGGUUUUAGCAUUGGCUGUGUCUGCAGUGUCAAACUGGUCGGCCUUUUCGUUACGGCCCUCGUUGGUCUGUACACUAUUGAGGAUUUGUGGAACAAGUUUGGUAACACCAAGAUGCCCAUCACGACCCUGGCUGCUCAUGUUGUCGCUCGUGUCGUUGGGCUGAUCCUCGUCCCCUUCCUUAUCUACCUCCUCUCCUUUGCCCUUCACUUCGCCAUCCUCGAUCGCACUGGUCCCGGCGAUGCCCAGAUGAGUUCCCUCUUCCAGGCUAAUCUGAAGGGCACAGAGGUUGGAAAGAACAGUCCCUUGGAAAUCGCUUACGGUUCUCGUGCUACUAUCAAGAAUAUGGGUUACGGUGGCGGACUGCUUCACUCCCACGUUCAGACAUAUCCCGAAGGUUCUCAGCAACAGCAAGUCACUUGCUAUCACCAUAAGGAUGCCAACAACGACUGGUUCUUCUAUCCCAACCGCCGUGAGCCCGACUUCGACCCCGAGUCCCCGGACCUUCGCUUUAUCGGUGACGGUGGCACGAUCCGUUUAAUCCACGCGCACACUGGACGCAACUUGCACUCUCACGAUAUCGCCGCCCCAGUGUCCAAAAGCGACAAGGAAGUCUCUUGUUAUGGUAACCUUACUGUCGGCGAUGAAAAGGAUCACUGGAAGGUUGAGGUUGUCCGAGAUGUGGCGUCCCGGGACCGCAGCCGAAUCCGGACUCUGACAACGGCUUUCCGUCUCAAGCAUGAAGUUUUGGGUUGCUAUCUGAAGGGCACAAAUAAAAACCUCCCCCAGUGGGGUUUCAAGCAGAUCGAGGUCUCCUGCACCAAGGAGAACAAUCCUCGCGAUGCUUAUACCCACUGGAACGUUGAAGCCCACUGGAACGACAAACUGCCCGCUGGUGACCCAGGUGUUUACAAGUCUCCUUUUUUCCACGACUUCAUUCACCUCAACGUUGCCAUGAUGACCUCCAACAAUGCUCUUGUUCCCGAUCCUGACAAGCAGGACGACCUUGCCUCGAAGUGGUGGCAGUGGCCCAUUCUCCACGUCGGCCUCCGCAUGUGUGGUUGGGAUGACAACAUUGUCAAGUACUUCCUGCUCGGAAACCCCCUAAUCUACUGGGGCUCCACCAUUGGUAUUGGAAUUGUCGGCCUUGUUGUUGUGUGGUACAUUUUGAGAUGGCAACGCGGCUUCACUGACCUAAAUGCACGGGAAAUUGACCACAUCCACUACUCUGGCAUCUAUCCUGUCGCCGGCUGGUUCCUACACUACCUGCCAUUCGUCAUCAUGGCCCGUGUCACCUACGUCCACCACUACUAUCCGGCCUUGUACUUUGCCAUACUUACUUUUGGCUUCCUCGUGGAUUGGACCGUCAGAAACCGCAACACAACUGUCCAGGGGAUCACAUAUGGUGCCCUGUAUGCUGCCGUCAUUGGCCUCUACGUCUACUUCCUGCCUAUCUGCUGGGGAAUGGUUGGUCCCAAUCAGCAGUAUAGCUACAUGAAAUGGUUCGACAACUGGAAAAUAUCUGACUAA